AGUAAACCACUUUAGAACUUCAAAUUCAACUUGUUCAGUGGCAGCGGUAGUAGUGACUGGGGUGAGGGUGACUGGCCCCAACUGUCCUGUUGGGCUGAAAGGGUGACUGGCUGUUGGGGCGCAUUUGGUUGCGAUGUCAGGGAAGAAGCAGCUGGUAGAUGUGAGUCUUCUGGAGGAGGACAAUGAGUUUGAGGAGUUCCCUGCAGAAGACUGGACUGGUUUAGAUAAAGAUGCACAUGUCUGGGAGGAUAAUUGGAAUGAUGACAGUAUAGAGGAUGACUUCUCUAAUCAGUUACAAGCUGAACUAGAGAGACAUGGUUAUAAGAUGGAGACCUCAGAGUAUCCAGAAGAAGUGUUGAAACAACCUAAACUUGAAUUGUUUACUAAAUUCUAGGAUAGAUAAUCUAGGAUGGGGCAUUUUAAAAAUGCUUUUUUCAUUACCCACUUGGCUUUACUUUUGUAACACAUAAAAGUAAACUAGUUGGGUGAGAGUGGCCCCACGUGGCCAUUUCUGGUAGCAAAUGACCAGCGGGCACCUAUUAAGUGGCUCUGACCAGUGUUGCUGCUGGCAGUGGUAGUAUAUACUUGUACGUGCCAAAUAUGGGAGUGACUCAUUCCUGCAGCUAUACUUAGCAAAGAGACUAUUAGUGUCACUGAAAUAGAUAUUCUGGGUACAAGUACAGCAGGAACCCUUCCUACACAAUAGGCAAGCAGGGUACAGAUGCAGGUAUAAAGGCCAGAAGGCAGCUGGGGAGGACAAACAUAAAAGACUGUCCGUAGGCCUGACAAGCAGAUGGAAGUCAUAGUGUAGGCAAGGCGGUACUGUUAUCCUGUUCAGGUCAGACUAUGCCCAUGAGGAGGUGGCCAAGGGGUGGAAUGUUGUCUUGUGGUUUAUUCAAUGUGCUUGACAGAUGUGCAGACAUUUUCUUUUCUUUUUUUAAAAUUUUACUUAAAGGUUUUAUUUAUUUUUAGACAGAGGGGAAGGAAGGGGGAGAGAAAGGGAAAGAAACGUCUUUCAGCUGCCUCUUGUACGCCCCCAACUGGGGACCUGGCCUGCAACCUGGGCAGCAUGUGCCCUGACUGGGAAUUGAAGCAGUGACCUUUUGGUUCUUAGGCCCAUGCUCAAUCCACUGAGCCACACCAGUCAGGGCUGGACAUUUUCUUGAAACUUGUGUGGACCGAAUGCUAACCCCAGUCUACAACCAGGUUGUCCUCUCACAGAAGUCUUAAGAAGUGGGCACCGUUAUGGCUUUUAACUGUCCAAUCCAUGCUCACAAUUUAGCAGCUGAUCUUCUGUUAGAGGAUAUCAGACUAAUCAAAGCAGAAUACAAACACAAUCAAAAGUUGGCAGUGGAAAAGGAAAUCCCCAAGUACCAGGGCAGGAAAAGGGGCUUACCACUCCAGUUGUGUCUUCAAGCUGGCUCUCCAAAAACUGUCACAGGUGCAUGUCACCAGGUUCUUGCUGAUCGCAAACAAAGAAUUGAACCUAACACACAGAAUUUUGCUGCAGAGAGAGAGAGAGCAAAUUUAUUAAGCAAUAGUACACUCCACAGAAUAUGGGAGCAGACCAACUUAAGCAAAGAUUGGCCCUCAGCAGCCAGAGGGAUUCUAUUCUUAUAGUGUGGAUAUUUCCUGGUUAGUUUUGGUGGGCUUUUAUCACACAUGAUCUCUCAUGAUUUUACUUGAUUGACCACUCAGGGAGGGGUGACAGCAAUGAUAAUUUAUUGUACUGCUAUUAUAAUAAAGCAGGGAUCAUGCAAUGGUUGGUCACUAGAAGCAUCUUUUUCACAGGUGCAGUCAUAAUUCAUCAUGAUUCAGCACUUUUCCAGGAAGUUUAACAGCCAGUCUUGGAACAGGGUAUCUGUUCUGUGUUGAUGUCCUUUGUGCUAGACGUGGGGUGCCUUUUGAGUUUUCUCAUUCCCGACUAUCUCCUGCCUCAUUAAUGUAUCAGUAUGGUUAUAUUACUUCAGCAGUAUCAAAUAAAAUCUUUGUAAAUGAUAUAUAGUAAAUCGAGUUACCAAAAAAAUUUUGUGAAGAUCAUAUACUUUCAGGUUGAUUAUGAUAUAGUUUCUGAGGCACAUCUGUAAUCUUUGACCUCUUAGGCACAAUGUAAUUUUCAUCCUC